UGAAUAAGAGUGAUAAGCGUCUUAUAUUGAAGAUUAAUAAUAAGCAAUAUGUUAUUAUAGUAUUAUCAGAUUAUUACAUGUAAUACUGUUCUACGAUUUCUUCUACAGUUUCUGUAUAGUUGAUUCACAUUCUGACCAUGGAGGUUAGGUAGCUCCUGUUAUGUAUUUAGAGGACUUUAUAGCUGUCGAUAUCAUUUAGUUUGACAGAAAACAAGGUCAAGAGGAUUUAUAAUCAGUUUUACUUUCAUCUCACGUCUAUUCGUGAGUGGAUAAUAAAUUCAUUUUUAUAAGCAGUGGUGUAGUGCAGAUAUAGGCUACAGUCCACACAUGAACGGAGCUGUACACGACGUUUUCCUUAAACAAACUUAUAACAAACUGUAGGGUAUGCCAUUCCAGUACAAGUCAAUUUAUGUGAAGUGAUUGACAAAAUGUGAUAUAAAUAACUUUUAAAUCAGUGGCUUAUUUACAUAACUGAAAAACAACAUGUGAUUUCGUAGUAUAUAAAUUUGCAUAACUGGAUUUUUAGUGGUUUGUGAAAGGUGAUUUGGUGUCCAUCAUUAUAUGAUUAGCCAAUGAAGAUUUCGUUGAAAACGUGAUUAAAGUGAUUAAUAGAAAAGGGAUUGACAAAACAGUGAUGGAGGAAAGGUGAUUAGGAAAUCAAAAGAUUGCUCUGUACAAAAUUUAAAAAUGGCAGAUUUGUUGGAUGAUGAAACUUGGGACUUUAGUUCCAUAGAAGAUUUAAAUCAAGAAGCGACUUUAUGUCUACGGUCCGCCAUGGUUUAUGAAAGAAGAAAGCGAUGGCAAAAGGCCAUAGACUGUUAUGAGAAGCUUCUGUGGUUGGUGGAUUUAAAACACUUACCUAGUAAUUAUGAAGCACCACCAUCAUACGAUAUGUUGCUAUAUGAACUGUAUAAUCAUCUAGGGGUAGCUUAUCAACAUAUGGGACGACAUAAGAAGGCAAUGACACAAUAUACCAAAGCAUUUGAAAUAGUUUCAAUACCAAAGAAUGGUUGUCUAGCUGGUUGUGUAACUAAUUGUUGUUUAAUGACACCUAUUAUGACAAGAAGAGCCUUUGCUUAUACUAAAAUAGGAAAUGUAGCCAGUGCAUUAAAAGAUGCAGAAAAAGCUGUAGUUUUAGACAGUAAAAACCCCGAUGUUUAUUGCAUACGGGCACUUGUUAGAGGUUCCCGUGACGAAGAGAACAUGGCGUUAAAGGACAUAGACAUGGCUUUAAAGAUAAACCCUAAAAGUGUUUGUGCUUUAAUGAUAAAAAGUGCUAUAACAAGACCACUGCUACCGUAUGCAUUACUUGGAUUGAAUACAGACAGCCAAGAUAUAUUUCACAUUCAGGCAGAGAAAAUGAACCCAUCAACGCAGAAUUUUAAUUCAGUCACAAGUUUUCAUCAUCCAUCUAUUUUAGAAUUCUUUGAUAGGUUUUUCUUUACACUGAGUGUUCCUCAUACGAUAACAGAAGUUAAUUUAAGACCAGUUCGAUCAACUAGACGACAAUUAGACAUUUCCGAAGAGACAAAGCGACCAAAGACAGCCCAGCCUCGUCUACAAAAUCAGACAUGUUGUUCUACGUCACCAGAAGAACCAUUUAGAUGUGGCACCGCCUUCUCAUUCCGACAAUCGGCAUCAGCCACAAGACGGAAGGAAUAUGGCCAAGCAGUCCGACAGUAUAUGACCCGACCCAAGACAGCUUCAGAUUUUAUUGCUUUAAUAGAAAAAGAAAGAAAAAAGAAAGCAGAAGCGGCGGCCAAGACCUCAACGACGUCACAGGGCUUUAAUUCAAGUGUUGGUAACCGAAAAUCAUUACCUAAUAGUCGUAUGUCGUCAUCUAAAGCAUUUUAUAUGGAACCACAGGGCAAUUAUACAAUGCCAGUAUUUCGACCGAUAGAUUUAAAAAAUUCUUCUAGAAUGUACUAUAAGCCAUGGAAUGGUGAUAAAUUGCCGGUAGCUGAUAUACGAAGACUUCAACCCUCUCCAGCAUUUUAUUAGAUAAUUUUGUAAAUAUCAUUGUACACACCAGAAUACAUAUAAAUAAAAUAUAAAAAAAAACACAAGCUAUUUACAACAUAGAUUAUUGGUUGCACAUGAUAGAACCCUUGACAUUUGGAAAGCAAGAAAAGGUAUAUGGAAAUGCCUGUUGUAUAUUACUUCUGAAUUUUACUUAUUUCUGUUAUUUGGUCGGGAGGUUUGUUUUAAUUGAGACUGCCAAAAAACCAUUUCGAUUAUAUUUGUGGAUAUAAGAUAAAAUGACGGUCGAACUGAAUACUUUAUCUCCAUGAAAUUUUAGUAUUUAGAAUGCUGUUGUUGUGUUGAACUCUAUUUCCCGUUUUGAUUAAAUAUGUUAAAAUAUACCACAUGACACCUAUUUUAUGUGUAUCAACGUCACGCUCUGUCAAAGAAAUCGAUUUUUUCUUUUACCUUUUUUUUUCGAGACACCUGUGUAUAAUUGCCAAUGUAUAUAACACUAGAGUUAUUUCUAAACUUCACCAUGCACGGAACACUGUUAUUACCACUGUAAACAGAUCUGGAUUAGAGAACAAUAAAG